CCCUGAGUGCUCCAAGCUGCUCUAAUCUCCUUCCAUCUUCAGCACAGCUCAACAUUCCACAUCCUUAUGGACUGGAGCGGCAGAAACCUGACAAUACUUCACUCUCACCUUCCAAGACCUGAAGUUAGAAUGACGCCUUAGAAGAGGACUUCCUGACUGAGCGCCAUGGAAGCACCAGUAGAUAAUUUAAGGGUCCGCUACAAAGAAGAAGAUGGGACGGUGCUGUUUGAGAGCUACAUUCCCCCCUCCAGGGACGCCAUCCACCUGCCGACGUACGUGCUCUACCUGAUCAUGGCCAUUUUCAUCCUGCUGGGGGUUCUCUACGCCAUCAUCGGACACCUCAUCAAGGACCUCAUCCAUGACUGUGCAGACUGGCUCUUAGGCGAGCAGCCCGAGGAGGUGGUGGUCAACUACUGUGAAGCCAAAGACAAAUUCAUGGCUGAUUGGUGUCCGGAAACCACGCCGGAGCUGCAGGAGAUGGCCCGAGCUGAAGAGAAGAAGAUGGCCGAUAAGGACUUCAUGAAGUCACCUGCUGUUUGGAUUAUUUCCACGGAGCCGUGUGCCACCAGGACGGGACCCCGCGUGGUGUUUGGGAAGAGGACUUAGAAAGAAGAUCAUGUCCAAUCAAUGGGUGGAUAUUUGACUUCAAUGACAAUUCACGUUGUCAAUUAACUACAAUGUCAAGUAAAAAGUGUUGAAUUUGUUUUAUAAAG